UUUCUUUUACCCUGCUAUAAUUCCACCAUCAUUUGCUUAGCUUCUUCACACAACUUACCAUGGCACUGCAAGAUUUCUAACCAUUAUACUACUAUGCAAAUAGCCACUAUUAUUUUUAAAUCUUACUGAAAUACAAAACAAUGGAUAACCUAUGUUGUCAUGGUCGGUAGAGUAUAUGAGAGAAGGCAACGUGGCUAGGCUAAGAUGCGUAGAGAGUCCACGUUCUUUUAGCAUGAGUUUGAAUUCUGUAAUUUCAGUCAGUUGUAACAGCGUGCUCUAUAUGAAGCACUAGAAACUCUAAUAGCAGUUAUGCUGAAGAUCAUCUGGUGUCUUGGCAACUUCCCCUGUCUCGCGCACGCUCUCCCGCACGACGCCGGCUGUCAGGACGGCGUCGCGCCCUCGCCGCCGCCGGGAGCCGAGUCCUCGGCCUCUGACCUCCCACUCCUACGCCCUGCGCAAUAGUAGCCCUGACAAUCUGGUAUCAAUCGGGAUGUCUGGGACUUCCGCCGCCUGCGCCUCCACCACGCCGCCGCCCGCUUCUGCAACCGCCCCUGCAUCCGCUUCGCUAGACCCGCCCCCUCCGCCGCCAUCCCACUCCGCUGCCGCCAUGGACACCCUAACAACGGCGAUUUACGGCCUGCAGCGUCAGAUGAGUCAGUUUGCAUCUCGACUCACCGACGUCGAGGGUCGCGCGCUCGCUCUCCAGGGUGCGCCGCCUCCCCUGUUUCCGCCUGCAGUUCCCAACGCCGGCCACGGACUGUGGUCCGCUAUGGCGGGUUCUUCUUCUGCCGGGUCUCAGCCGCCCCUCCACCCGCCCUUUCCGCUUGGCAUGCCCGGUUUUGGUGGUCUUCCGACGGCGCCGCCUCCAACCGCCGCCGUUCUCACCACGGCUGUGCCACCACCGGCGGUUCCCAUAACCCAAAUUCCCUUUCCACAUUCACCAUCACCACUUCCACCAAUCCACAACCAGCCGUCGGCCAGCCAUUCUGCCCAUGAAGAAACAGAGGACUCUCUUGCCGUUCCAAGAUACUUCAAGCUAACUUUUCCUACAUUUGAUGGCAAGGAGGAUCCCUUGGGCUGGCUUAACCGUUGUGACCACUUCUUUCGCGCUCAGAACACCCAUGAGCGGCAAAAGGUUGGACUGGCCUCCUUCCACCUGACCGGCGUUGCGCAGCAUUGGUUCUACAUGCUUGAACGUGACGCCGGCGACAUCAACACCAUCUCCUGGCCCUUGUUCCGUUCCCUUUGCCAACAGCGCUUUGGCUCCCCAUUAGGUGCUAACCACCUCUCUGAUCUGGCACGCUUGCCAUUCCGGGGCUCUGUGGCAGAAUACCAGGAGCUGUUCCAGGCACGGCUAGCACCUGCCGGAUAUCUCUCGCCGCUUCAACAAGUUCAACUGUUCACCGGCGGUCUCCCUGAUCAAAUCCGGAUCGAUGUUGAACUUCAAGCACCUAUGGACCUUCAGCGCGCCAUGUCGUUGGCCCGGGCUUACGAACGGCGUUCCCUCACUCUCCAUUCCCCUACACCUGGUCGUUCCUCAAUAUUUCCACCAAGGACACCAGUAACAUCCUCUCCUCAGCUUCCAGCCACCACCACAACUCCAACCCCAACACUUACUCCAGCGUCACCUGCCCCCAGCCGUCCUUUCCGUCGCCCUACUCCCACUGAGAUGGCUGACUGUCGUCGCCAAGGCUUGUGCUACAAUUGUGACGACCCUUAUGUCCGCGGUCACAAAUGCCCACGCCUUUUCUAUCUAGAGGUGACCGACUUUGAUGAGGACUCUGCAGUGACCGACUUUGAUGAGGACUCUGCAGAAAUUCAGAGUGACACUCCACAAGAGGAACAGCCCCCCCUCAUCUCUCUACACGCCAUUGCUGGCCUCACAACUAAUGACACUAUGUGUGUUCAUGUGAAAAUUGGAGAACACAACCUCAUAGCCCUCCUUGACUCUGGCUCCACCUCCAAUUUCAUCAACCAAGCGGUGGCUGACGAUAUUGGUCUCCAUUUCCAUAACAGCGCAGGUGCUAGUGUCAUUGUGGCCAAUGGAGACCGUGUACAAUGUCAAGGACUGGCCCGUGAUGUUGCCACAAGAAUUGGUGUUGAUUUCUUUGCUCUGGAGUGGUAUGCAAUUCCUCUUGACUGCUUCGACAUGGUGCUCGGUAUUGCAUUCCUCAAAACUCUAGGCCCAAUCCUGUGGGACUUCGAUGAGCUAUGUAUGUCCUUUUGGCAUCGUGGACAUAAAGUGUUUUGGAGAGGCAUUGAUUCCCCGCAGCGGGCACUUCUCCCUGCAGACCGAGUUCCCUUUCCCAGAGUGCAAAGGCAACCUCUACGUGAUCGCCUCAACUUCAUCAGUAACAAUGCCAAUGAUACACCCUUGCUGGAUGAGAUGCUCAAUUCCUUUGCUGAUGUGUUCGAGCCUCCAAUCAGUCUGCCACCUCAACGUCCUUGUGAUCACAGAAUUCACCUACUACCUGAUUCUCAGCCUGCAAAAGUUAGGCCAUACAGAUAUCCGCAAAUGCAAAAAGAUGAGUUGGAAUCACAAUGUGCUACUAUGCUUCAGCAAGGCAUAAUCAGACCAAGUACUUCCCCAUUCUCAGCACCUGUCCUCCUAGUCAAGAAACAUGAUGGGUCAUGGAGAUUUUGUGUAGAUUACCGUGCCUUGAACAAAAUUACAGUCAAGGACAAGUUCCCUAUACCCAUUGUAGAGGAACUCAUUGACGAGCUGCACGGUGCUACAUUUUUCACUAAGUUGGACCUCCGAGCUGGUUAUCACCAAAUCCGGGUGCACCCAAAUGACAUUGAGAAAACAGCUUUCAGAACACAUGAGGGCCAUUUUGAAUUCUUGGUUAUGCCCUUUGGUCUUACCAAUGCUCCAAGUACAUUUCAAGCUCUCAUGAAUUCAGUGCUUAAACCGUUUCUGCGCAAAUGUGUCUUAGUGUUCUUUGAUGACAUCUUGAUAUAUAGCUCCUCUUGGUCAGAGCACUUGCAGCAUUUGCGUGCUGUCCUCACUGCAUUACGCGCCAACAAUUUGCAUGUCAAGAAAUAAAAAUGUGAGUUUGGAACAAAAUCAGUGGCUUAUCUUGGACACACUAUUCCUGCACAUGGAGUUGCUAUGGACCAAGAUAAAGUUUCAGCUGUUACUCAUUGGCCACAGCCCCAGUCUGCACGUGACCUUCGGGGAUUUUUGGGCUUAGCAGGCUACUACCGCCGCUUCAUCCAAGAUUUUGGGACAAUAGCUGCUCCACUUACACAACUACUUCGCAAAGACUCUUUUCAUUGGUCUGAUGCAGCAGCACAAGCAUUCCAGAAUUUAAAAGCAUCUGUCUACUGCUCCUGUCCUUCAUUUGCCGGAUUUCUGUCAGCCUUUUAUUGUCGACUGUGACGCAUCCGGCAACGGGUUUGGUGCAGUCCUCCAUCAGGGUGCUGGUCCUUUAGCUUUCUUCAGCAAGCCUUUUGCUGCCCGGCAUCUCAAAGCAGCAGCAUACGAAAGAGAACUCAUUGGCCUAGUGCAAGCUGUCAGGCAUUGGAGGCCAUAUCUGUGGGGCAGACAGUUUGUCAUUCGCACUGAUCAUUAUGCCUUAAAAUAUAUGCUUGACCAGCGUUUGUCAACUGUGCCACAACAUCAAUGGAUCAGCAAACUCUUUGGCUUCGAUUUUGCAGUGGAGUACCGGCCAGGCCGUCUCAACAUUGUCGCUGAUGCACUCUCGCGUCGCGACCAGUCCGACAUGAGCAUUCAUGUUCUCUCUACUCUGACAUUUCAGUUCUACCAUGAUCUUCGUGAAGAAAUGGAACAGAAUGCUGAGCUCAAAACACUUAGGGACACCAUUGCAGCGACACGAGGUGACCAAUGGAGAGUUCAAAAUGGCUUAAUUCAUCGUGGUAGACUUGUCUACAUUCCCUUUACCCCAACUGCCCUUCAAACUGCCCUGCAGCUAGCACACACAACUGGGCAUGAAGGAAUUCAGAAAACCCUCCAACGUCUGCGUCGAGAUUUUGUCAUUGACAAUGAUUGUGCGGUGGUCCGCGACUUUGUUCAUUCUUGUGCAACCUGCCAAAGAAACAAAACUAAAAACCUCCACCCAGCGGGUCUCCUUCAACCACUUGACAUACCCACAAACAUUUGGCAGGAUAUCUCGCUGGAUUUCAUUGAAGCAUUACCUAAAGUGAAGCAUCCUAACUGUGGUUGAUCGGUUCUCCAAAUAUGCUCACUUCAUUCCUUUGCGUCAUCCUUACACAGCUAGCUCGGUUGCCAAGGCCUUUUUCUCUGAAAUUGUGAGGCUUCAUGGUUUCCCAGCUUCAAUUGUCAGUGAUCGUGAUCCUGUGUUCACAGGCUACAUAUGGGGUGACAUCUUCAAGCUAGCAGGGGUAAAACUGCGCAUGAGUACUGCCUUUCAUCCCCAAACCGAUGGCCAAUCAGAGGUUGUCAACAAGACUAUUACCAUGUAUCUCCGCUGUAUCACAGGUGAUCGACCUCGGGCAUGGCUAGAUUGGUUACCAUGGGCAGAAUUUUGCUACAACACAUCUUAUCACUUAUCACUCAAAACAACACCAUUCCAAGUAGUAUAUGGUCGCUCUCCUCCACCAUUACUACAAUAUGGACAUGAUACAGCAGCAGCAACUACUUCAACUGUGGACACUAUGAUGAAAGACCGUGACAUCUUCCUGCAUGAUGUCCGGGAUCGGUUGUUGCAGGCACAGCAAUAUGCAAAGAAACACUAUGAUGCAAAUCAUCGUCCACUGGACUUUGUUGUGGGAGACCUGGGUAUGGCUCCGUGUUCUUAAUCGGCCAACUCAGUCAUUGCUGUCCAGAUCCAAGAACAAAACUCAGUCCGAAGUAUGCUGGGCCGUUCCAGGUUACCCAACGCAUUGGUGACGUUGCUUACAAGCUCCAAUUACCAGAAGGUGCACGCAUACAUGAUGUCUUUCACGUUGGUGUUCUCAAGCCUUUCCAUGGAGAACCGCCUGCAGCAAUACCUCCCUUGCCUCCGCUUCAGCAUGGUCGUCUCCUACAUGCUCCAGAACGUGUCCUCAAAACUCAACUCCGUCGCGGGAUCUGGCACGUUCUCAUCAAAUGGACAGAUAUGGCAGACACCGAAGCCACAUGGGAACCGGUUGACGCGUUCAAAGCUGCUCAUCCAACAUUCAAGCUCAAGGACGGGCUUUUUCCCGAGGGAGGGAGAGAUGUCAUGGUCGGUAGAGUAUAUGAGAGAAGGCAACGUGGCUAGGCUAAGAUGCAUAGAGAGUCCACGUUCUUUUAGCAUGAGUUUGAAUUCUGUAAUUUCAGUCAGUUGUAACAGCGUGCUCUAUAUGAAGCACUAGAAACUCUAAUAGCAGUUAUGCUGAAGAUCAUUUGGAUCUUCUGGCGUCUUGGCAACUUCCCCUGUCUCGCGCACGCUCUCCCGCACGAUGCCGGCUGUCAGGACGGCGUCGCGCCCUCGCCGCCGCCGGGAGCCGAGUCCUCGGCCUCCGACCUCCCACUCCUACACCCUGCGCAAUAGUAGCCCUGACAUAUGUUGUCUAUGGCAUGACUAGGAAUAGAAGACUUUUAAGUCUUAUAAUUUGUACUCCCAUCACCCAUCAAUAUAAGGCAUAUACUGGUAAAAUUAAA